AUGCCGCCGGAGGAAACACCGGGCCUCGUGGCCGCGAGCGACGAAGCCGUCCACCAUGUCCACCACUCGCCGCCGUCGUCGGUGACAAUAGACCACCGCGACCACAAGAGGAAGAGGAAGCAUAGCGUGGCAAACGAUGCCCUUCCUCAAGAACUCGCCGCGGCGCGGUCGACGAUCGACACCGACCGCGGCGCCACAGAGCCUGCCACGCCCACGGGUGGAGCGCACCGCGGUCAGAGGCGCGCGCCCACCGCGGCGGAGAGGGUGGUUGCUGGUGGCUCGUCGAGCAGGGACGACAGGGCAUUACCAUCCGUGGCUCCACCACCAGCUUCGAGCAAGGCAAUCCGCGUCAAGCACUCGUCAUCGUCGUUCGUCAUCGGCAGCGGCGGCGGCAAACAACAUCCGGCCGCCGGCAGCGGCAGCUCGCCGGUAGGCGGCAGCCACUCCUAUUACGCCAACAGUCACGCAGCUGCCGCGCCGAGUUCUUCUAAGAGGCUUAUCAUCCGAGUACCGUCUGCCACCCCGCCGCCACCGCCACUGCACCUUCCGCCCAAGGCGGCGAGACGGCCGCCCUCGGCGUCCGCCGCCACUUCUGCCGCCGAGCCGCUGAAACCGGACGACGACGGCGAGCGCUUCCGCCGGGGUGUGGAGGUGUUCGCGGAGUGGGACGUUGCCACCCAACAGGCGGCGGUGAACCGCUUCGUGAGACGGCAGUCGCCGCCGAAGGGAGACGGCUUCUCGUUCUGGCUCACCCCAGCUGAGGCAGAUGAUGACCUGGAAGUUAUGGAGAUGCAAGGAGGAGAUGCAAGUUUCUUGUCGGACAUUCUUCUCAAUGGAGGAGAUGGUACCGUUGCUGGUUUGGACGAGUUGAGCAUUGGACUCACUCAAGACACUCAAGGUCAGGACGAAGUGCAAGCUAUCAAGAAUACAAAGGGAACGAAGAGGACCAAAAAUUUUCAUUGGAAGGAGGAUGAAAUUAUAUGCUCAGGCUGGCUGAAUGUAAGCAAAGAUCCCAUUGUUGGUGCCAAUCAAUCUCGUUCAUCUUUUUGGGGUAGAGUUCAUGCUUUUUUUGAGAAGCACAAGAAAAGUACAGCUGUGAGGACUGAGAGUUCCAUCAUGCAUAGGUGGCUGACAAUUCAGUACCAAGUAAACAAGUUUUGUGCAUGCUAUGAAGCAAUUCUACGAAGGAAUCAAAGUGGGUUCACUAUUGAAGACAAGAUUAACGAAGCAAAGAAGUUGUAUAUUGAAUGGGACAAGGACAACAAAUCAUUUGGCCUUCUACAUUGCUACACCAUAUUGAAGGGAGAAGACAAGUGGAAAGCGAAGAUGAUAGAACUGGCCGAGAUUGAGAAAGAGAAGCAAGCCAACAAGAAGAAACAGAAGCCUUCGAGUAAGGUGUCAAGGCCGAGAGAUGAUGAAGUCAAUAGUGAGGAUCAUGUCAUACAAGUUGAUUCUGAGUCUCCGGAACCAAGGAAAAGGUCAGAAGGAAUAAAAAAGGCAAAAGAAAAUUUGAGGCGUGGAGGUGACGAGGCUUGCAUGGAGGCUUUGGGAAAGAUGAUGGAGGAGAAGAAAGCCUUGGAUAUGCAAAAGGAGAAGGCCAAAGAGGAGAGGUUCAUGGCUACAUUAGAGUUAGAGAAGGCGACAUUUGAGCUAGAGAAGAAACGGGUGGCAACCGAAGAAAAAAAAGCAGAAGCCGAAGAAAAAAAAAGCAAAAGCGAAGCUAAUGAAGGAAGAGAAAGAAAUUAUGUUAGCGGACAUGUCCUCCCUCAAUCCGAUCCAGCGUGA